AUGUCUUCCAACAACCGUAGCAAGCGUCGCCAGGCUCGAGCUCCCCGCGGUUAUGUCGCUGAACUGACUCCCGAGGGCCAAGUCAACAAAGUCAUCGCUGACAUCAAGAACCUCAAGGACGGCGACGACUUCCGCUCCUGGUCCGCUUCUGCCCGUAAAGAGCUCACUCCGUCCCUAGUCAUCCCCUUGCAGGUCGGCCCCGAUGAGACCUCGCGCGUCUACAUCCCUAAGCAAGCUCUACUAGUUGCUUCGCCCGUCGCACGAAAUUACUUUCAGCAGAACUCGACCUUAACAACUGCGAAGUUCACACACAAGGAUAUCUACAUGGGUGCAAUGAAGGAUAUCGCCAAGUGGCUCAAGGCUGCUUGCCUCGAAGCCCACUUUCCCGAGCUGAUUAUGCCCGAGGACAUCAAGGAGUUCAUGGAGCUCCGUCUCACUGCUCACACGCUCGGCAUGGAGCGUUACGUCGAGCACUUCGACUACUACUACAUCGAUGACAUCGACUGCCAGCGUCCGUCGCUUGCGGAGAUUAUGCUCAUCGUCGACUAUACUCGCAAGGACGACGAUCCGAUCUUGGUUGCCCUUGCCAACCGUUUGGGAUACUUGUGCAAGCAUCACAAGAUCCCCAAAGCCGACGAGGAGGCUAUUGUCAAGCUCCUAUUGGAUCCCCAUUACGGCCGUCUUCUAGCUGCGGUAAAGGCUAUUGCAAAGAAACCUUGA